AUGGACCAGAGCCAUCGCGAAUACAUCCUCGAAGUAUUCGCGGACCAAACAUUUGUAAAGGACAUAGUUAAAGGAGUCCUACACACAAUAUUUUUCCACCGCUACUUCCCACCGAUCCGACCCUCUCCCUAUACCCCGAAUGCCUCCUCCCUCUCUCACACUCACACCUCGCAUUCCGCGCAGUCCCUCCCCAUCACGCUCCCUUCAAUCCUUGAGCCACCCGAAAUUUCGACCGCAAUCGAAUCCCAUACAGACUUGCUCAUCUCUCAGUUGACACCACCGUUCUCAACGAGCCCAACUAGCCCAUCGGCCGCGGCAGGUGGCUCUCGCGGCGAAAUUGUAGUCCGUUUCUACGAUCGCAAAAGGAGAAGAACGGGAAUUACGACGGGCUGGCUGGGUCGCUUGGGCGGUGGAGGGCAAACCGAGGAGGAAGUCUGCUGGGAAGAAUGGUGCGUCCAGGUUAUUGUCGCGAGACCAAGAAGUGAAGCGGAUCGCAUCAAAGUCCGCCGUGCAAUGGAAUCCUCCCUACAGAAGACGGCGAUGAAGAUCGUGGCCAUUGUGAACACAGACAAGGAUCACAUUCCCCCCAUUACCACGAGUGAACAGAAUCCGUUCCCCUACAGGAUAUUUGUCAAUCCGAAGCAACAGGAAAGUGCGGAGAGAGGGUUUGUGGGAGGGUGGAGUUGA